AUGGCAUCGCCUCCUACGUCUUCUAGUGAUGUCAUACUCGACACCAGUGUAACCUGGAAAGACAUCGAGGAAAGAAUUCAGCACGAUCUCGACACAAAGGCGAUUUUGGGACCAAAACGAACAGUUCAGCUGAUUGGAGAAGGAAAUGGAUUCAUGUCUCGUGUCGUCAUUAUGGACACUGAUUUGCAAGGAGAUGUCGGCGAUUUACCACCCAGGCCAUGA